AGGGAGGCGGCGGUGACGUCGGUGCGGAGGGAGGCGGCGGUGACGGCGACGCGGAGGGAGGCGGCGGCGAGGGCGAUGCGGACGGAGGCGGCGGUGAGGGCGAGGCGGAGGGAGGCGGCGGGGUCGGCGAGGCGGAGGGAGGCGGCGGCGUCGGCGAAGCGGAGGGAGGCGGCGGUGAGGGCGAGGCGAAGGGAGGCGGCGGGGACGGCGAGGCGGAGGGUGGCGGCGGCGACGGCGAAGCGGAGGGAGGCGGCGGCGACGGCGAGGCGGAGGGCGGCGGCGGCGACGGCGAGGCGGACGGAGGCGGCGGCGCCGGCGAGGCGGAGGGCGGCGGCGGCGACGGCGACGUGGAGGGAGGCGGCAGCGACGGCGACGUGGAGGGAGGCGGCGGCGACGGCGAGGCGGACGGAGGCGGCGGCGACGGCGAGGCGGAGGGAGGCGGCGGCGACGGCGACGCGGAGGGAGGCGGCGGCGACGGCGAGGCGGAGGGAGGCGGCGGCGACGGCGAGGCGGAGGGAGGCGGCGGCGACGGCGAGGCGGAUGGAGGUGGCGGCGAGGGCGAGGCGGAGGGAGGCGGCGGCGACGGCGAGGCGGAGGGAGGCGGCGGCGAGGGCGACGCGGACGGCGGCGGCGGCGACGGCGACGCGGACGGAGGCGGCGGCGACGGCGAGGCGGACGGAGGUGGCGGCGACGGCGACUCGGAGGGAGGCGGCGGCGACGGCGACGCGGACGGCGGCGGCGGCGACGGCGACGCGGACGGAGGCGGCGGAGACGGCGAGGCGGAGGGAGGCGGCGGCGACGGCGAGGCGGAGGGAGGCGGAGGCGACGGCGAGGCGGAGGGCGGCGGCGGGGGCGAGGGCGGCGGAGGCGAGGGUGGAGGCGGUGACGGCGGUAGGGACGGCGGUGGGGUGGGUGGCGGCGGGGACGGAGGCGGCCUCGGCGGCGACGAUGGUGGCGGACGCGGAGGGAACAUGACGAGGCUGGUAAAGGCCAAGUUGCCUUGGAGCUUGGUAUUUUCACGGAGCUGUGUGAUCUUUUGCUCGGUCUCCGCGGUCACGUUGGCGGCCAGCUCAUCAAGCGUCUGGCCCUCCUCCAAGAUGGCGACGGAGCGGGCAACGAUCUCCACCUUGUUGGCGUGCGAGACG